AUGAUCACAGCCAUGGGGGACUGUGGCGAUGAGCUCUUCAAGGAGCUCGAAAGCACCUACUGUCCACCAAUUGACCCCGCAUUGUUUGUUGCGAUCGUAUCAGACUUUGACCUGUCGAUCCCCACUCAGGUCGAAGAGUUGCGCGAAACCCUGGACGUGUUGAACGCAUCUGCUAUUGAGCAAGAAAACCUGCCGUUUGACCCCACAGGCACUACCAACCUCCGAAACUCCGAUGUCUCAGGCUCUUUGGUCGGCGAAUCGUCUGACGACGCACCCUCAGAUUUUACAAGCUGGCCAUCGCUUGAAAAUCAUGAACAGGAUAAUAGCGACCACAACAGUGCCAGCGAGGCCGAAAGGCUCAAAGGCUCGAAGCUUGCAUACUCCUUUCUGGGUAUGACAACUGCUGACAAGGCACAGAACCUGAUUAGUAUGUUCCCAAGUAUUACUCGUCUGGAAGCUGAGCGCAUCCUCGAAGAUUGUCAUGACAACCUCAGUCGCUCAAUGGAUGUCUUGCUCAAUCUUGCCUUCAUUGAAGAGACGCAAAUUGCGAGAGAAAUUCCUCAAGAAACCCCCAAAGAGGCUGCUCAGGACAGUCAAUCCUCCACCCCCAAGUCAAUCGAUGGCUUCCAGGCCAAGGAGAACCAGAACAGCGGCGGCAAGAAAUCCCGAAAGAAGAAAAGGCAGCAACAACAACGUCGAGUCGACCUGGCCUCACAGGCCAUGAAUAACACCUCUACCAAUAAAUGGGAGACAGGGAAGAAGGAUAUCGACUUUCUUUCCUCGCGGGCCUGCGCUUUGCAGAGAGAGAAAAUUGCAUCGACUUAUCAUGAAAACUCAAUGUCACUCUGUGCAACAAUCAGAGUCUUGGCACAGGCUCAUGGACCCAAAGACAUCCAUGAGAUUGAAGACGAUCCCUUACUCAUCACGCAAGUGGGGAGCUCAGCCACAACCGCAGAUGAGCUGGCUGACACCUUGGCCCGCCGCCCUGAUCUCACUUCCGUGUCAAAUAUCAUCAGUUUUGUUUCGUCCCCGGUCGCCCUCGACGACGAAGAGGAGAACGUGGCGCCAACUCAGCAGACAGAGUCCGCUUCGGAUUUCAUGGAUUUCGGCGAAGCUGCUGCCGCUGCCAACUCUCACUUCGCAGCCCGAUCAGCUGCCCUCGCGCAAGCAUCCCAGUCCGCCCGCCGUGCACGCUCAAACCCCCUCUACGGUGGCGCCUCCGCCUAUUACCGGGACGUCGGAAACGAGCAACGUCAGCUUGCAAUGCGCCAUCUGGCGACAGCUUCUGACCGGCUGGUGGCCCGCCAGUCGUCGCAAUAUGACCUGGAUCUGCAUGGUGUGACGGUCGCCAACGCAGUCAGAAUCGCUCGUGAGCGUGUUCAGGCGUGGUGGGACGGGCUGGGAGAUCAGAAGUACGUCCGUGGCGGAGGACAGAGUUCCCACGGCGGGUUCAAUAUUGUGUGCGGUCUUGGUCACCACUCCCUCGACCGCAAGUCACAUAUUGGACCCGCCGUGUGGAAUAUGCUGUUGAAGGAGGGGUGGCGCGUGGAGCUCAACAGGGGCUCUAUGCUGGUGACCGGCGUUACCCGCCGUUGA